AUGAUGACGUUUGGUUCUUACUUUUGUUUUGAUAUGCCAAGGUAAAGUCAUUUUUACAUGUAACUCCCUCUUUGAUUUUAAUUUUUCAAUUUAUACAAUUUAUAUUAUCCAUAUAUAACAUAUAUGUGACGUCUGUUUGUGAGGAUGGAAGACAUGAAUACUUUAGUUUGUAUGUGUUGACAACUAGAAAUUAAGAGUCAAGUUAACUAGAGAUGAAGGCUCCACUUCCAUUUUAGUUUUGCUUGACAAUUUCAGUUUUGUAUCUUGUUUUAGAUUGGUAGUUUAGCCUACAGUCUUCAUUUCUAUAUAAAAUAAUUUCUGUCAUUCUGACCACAGGCCAUAUAAGCCCCCGGCUUUGGCUUUACUGAGUUUGUACUAUAUGAGCGAUGGAAUAAUAAAGUUAAAGUGAAAGUUAAAGUUAAAUACAAAGCAAUUCUAACAGGCAAGCCGAAACAAACAGAAAGCUGUAUUUUGUGCGGCCGCAUAAGAGAGAAUGCAUGAAAGUUGCUAAAACUGAGCCUGAUCUCAGGUUAGAAACAGGUGCAAAUUACUGAAAUUUACACUGAUUGUGAUUGUCGUUAACUGUGUGCAUAAUGCACAUUACAUUAAUUUUAUCUAUGGUAAUAGUACAUUAUCUUAUUUUGCAGUGUCUUACAGGAUACCUUCACUGCAGUAAGUGCUUUUGAUAAUUUUUUGGCAGAAACUGCAGCUUAUGAUAAAAAGUAGUCUAUUCUCACCUGUCUCCCUCACGCCUAUUGUUGAGUAUGGGCAGCAACAGUCUCGAUCUGUUGACUAAUAUAAUCCUAAUAUAAAACUGAGGUGGGUAGGGUGGGAAAAAGCCACAGAAACGAGACCUGAGAAGGAUAGGCGUAAAAGGAAACGAAUGAGAACGGUCAACAUGUUGAAUAUAAACUGCUUAGCAGCUUCGAGAGAGUGGCAUAACUCCUUUGUCUACUCUGCCUUUUAUACGCGCGAGGUAGGACCGCUAAGAAUAGUAGUCUAUUCUCANAGCUGAAAAUUUUGCAAAGCGUUCAUUUUUUGAUAGUACUCCCAUAUUUUAGAAAUCUGUUUAUCAGUCGUUUGUUGCCAUUAGUCUAGAAAGGCAACUGGAGAUUAAUUAAGAAGCUACCCAUCAUUAAUAAUUUCUCAACACCUUUCUGCUUGUUUGUAAUAGCAACUACACCCUAACAAAACGAUGCACAACUGUACCACCAUCGAUGGCAAGCCAACCUCGGGUUUGCACAGCAAUGGCACCAACUGCACCAGUGGCUUGGGAUUAACUGAAACACAGUACAAUCUACUGUAUUCCAUCUAUGCUUGGACGUAAGUAACUAAAUUGAAUGGUUCAAGAGGGAAGUAAUCAUAAGUAGGUUGAGUGUGAUCGUCCGGGUGAACUUAGUCCUUAACCCUUUAAGCCCCAAGUAUCCAUAUACAAAUUCUCCAAACUGAUCUCUAUACAUUUCCUUAAAGAAUGAGUUGAGAGAAUUUGAUAAUAGAUCAAGUCAUUUUCUCUUUGGUGAUCAUUUUAUUAAUUCUCAUAACUUAUCUCUUGAGAGUGUAUGGAUAUUGUUUGGAGAAAUUUGAUCUUGGUCACUAUUGGGACUUAAAGGGUUAAUAGGACUGUUGUUGUUGAGUACAGUGACUGAUGUUUCAACAAUCUGUGCGGUAGUCAUCUUCAGAGUCAAAGUUAGUUGUAUCACAUCAGUUGAUGGUAUUAAACUCUGGUGAUUGACCUGAUUGGUCAAUUAAGUCAUGAUGUUAUUGGCUGUCUGUUGGUUAAGCCACGAUGUUAUUGGCUAUGAAGACUCGUAAUGUCAUGGGUGCAUUUCGAUCUGUCUAUUAUCACAGUCAAACAUUUGUUUAUUGUUAGUCAAAUUGUCAGUUGUCCAGUUGUUCUCUCAUGGUUAGUUUUGCUUGAUUCCGUCAAUAAGUUGUUUGUACGGUGCCGGUAACUGUUGAUUACGAUUCAGUGGUGUUUGUUCUAAGUUAGUAAACCAGCUUUCUAAAGUGAGUCGUUGAUAGUAGUUUGUAGAAUACGUAACACAUGUCACAGAGUCCCAGGCGAUUUGAUGUUUUAUCUGUAAAUGGUGCUCAGUAAUGUGAUUGUUGAUGUCACCAUUUCUCAUCGUUUUGUGUUUGGUCCAUCACGUGCUAAGGUUUCUGCCGGUUUCACCAAAUUAAGUAACCUGGCAGUCGCAGCAUUUGAUCUGGAAGUAACCAUGUUAGUUAUAUGGCUGGCCCUGUGAGCAAGCAAGAUGAAACAAAUCUUAUGUUCUGAUUGGCUUUGAGCAUGCAAGAAGGGUCUAUCUUGCAUAUUUUGCCUGCUCAGGAUUUCAUACUUUGUUCUGCAAAAGAAGACUUUGUGAAUUGAUUAUUCAGGCAACUUCUGGGUAACUGACCACCUACCCCUCGCCUAAGUCACAAUUUUGCCCUAAGUGAGAAGUAGGUGUUAAUGUUGACUUAGGGGAGGGGAAGGUAGUCAUAUACCCAGAAACCUCAAUUGGUCCGUCUUGGAUCAAUUGAGGUUUCUUUCUGGCCUUAUAAUAUUAUUCCUGCUUAUUGACCAAACCUGUACAGUCAAGAUGGCUGAUGAAUAUUUGCCUUUUAUUUCAUUCCCUUUUUUUUAAUUUCAGGAACGCAAUAGUUGUAAUCCUUGCUGGUUUUCUGAUUGAUAAACUGGGAAAUCCAAGUGAGUAGCUUCCCCUUUCAAAUAAGUAUAUAGCGUGUUAGAUUUGUUUGGUCAAUCUUCUGGAUCUUUCCUUGAUUUAUCAUUAUGUGGUCUUACAUGGCAUACAGCUGUAAUAUGGAUGAAAUCACAAGGGGGCAGGUUUAGUCUACUUCAAACUGCAGAAUUCUUCAGUGGACGAAAUAGAUAAAACUAUAAUUUUCCCCACCUUUAUAUUAUAAGCAGAUUGCUUUAAGCCCUAUGUGUGUGAUCAUCUUACGAGAAAUUCUUGGGGCUAUCAUCAAGAACCCAGGGCUAGAUUAAUAAUUUUAAUUGGCGCUGUGUGUAGUGAAGUGGAAGGUAAAAUAUUUCUCACUCAAUUGUGCAUUUUCUGAAUUGUUUUUUUUUAUGUUAGUUGGUGCCUUACUGUUUUCAUUUAUGUGUUUGGCUGGUACAUCUGUGUUUGCGGUUGGCCUGUACUUCAAAGGAGGGGCAGCAAUGUUUCCUCUUUUUCUGCUGGGGAGAAUUAUGUUUGGGUAAGUUUGACUAUUAUACAAGUGCCUGUGUAUUAAAAUAUUGCUUACUGAUUACACACAGCUUCAAAUACAUGUUAUUGUAGUAUUGAGUAAAAUCUAUUUAUUUCUGUUACUGUUAAUGAUUUUGAAAUCUAAAACAACUUCUGCUUGCUUUCUUUUUUUUUUCUCCAUAGAUCUGGAAAUGGUGCAUUAACAAGUAAGUACAGUGCCAGACAAGUUUGCUCUCACUAACAUUUUUAUCACAAGAAACACAGUGAACUUUCAUCCUUUUUCACUCUGUAUUAUUGGACCCAUCCGCCUCCCUGUAUCAUUGAUGAUUGACAUUACUGAACUUUUCAAUUAUCGCUCAUUAAUUUUGGUAUUUAGGUCAUAUCCCAGCUUUGAUAAAGGGGGAUUAGGAACGUCAAAAAAAAAAACAAAAGUGAUUGUUGAACUUUGUUAAACUAACGCACUAAUGCUAAUAAUUUUUAACAACUUCUCCCCAUAAUUUGGUUUUGCCCACGAACUGUCUAGAUUGGAAAGUAGCUAUCAAUGGCAGUUUGGAAAUCAUGUUUUUUUUUAAUCCUCAGUUGUUCAAAAUAGGAUUUGUGCUAUGUGGUUCAAAGGAAAGGAACUUGCCUUUGCUUUUGGAUGCAUUUUGGCAUUUUCAAGACUUGUAAGUUGCCACAUAGUCAUAUGGUGACUGAAAUCUAUGGAGAAUACAAAUUACCCAUGGAGAGGGGUGUUGGAGCAGAAAAAGAAAGGAAGCUCCCCCAAUUCCCAAUAAUAUUACCUUUCUCCAACAUCCCCACAGGCAAUUUUUACUGUUCCACCUUUUGUCACCGUGUGAAAUGCUACAAUUAUUACCUUUUAGUUAGUAACAUUUUUUAAGGUAAAUGUAAAUUUUAACUUGGUAAAACUUUUUUUAACUAAAUGAUUCUGAAAAAUUCAGAGAGAACUCUACUAGUAGGGAAUUGAAAAAAGAACUUUGCCAACCAUUUACCUACAUUAGAUAGUACCUCUAGAUCUAUGAUACUGUAAGUGAUUAUCUAACAAAAUUAUUAAAUCAUCAUAAUCAUAAAAAUUAUUAUUAUUAUUAUCAUCAAUAUCAUCAUAAUAUUAUUAAUUUUUUGCAGGGUAGUGUGUUAAACUUUUUUCUGACAGAACGAUUUGAAGAAAGGCAUGGUCUUCAAUUAACGUUAUGGGCAGGUAUUGAAUUCAUUCUUUUUAUAGCGAAUUUGUCCAACCAAUUUUUUUGUAAUUAGAAGGUUAUUAUAUUCAUAUGUUUUUACCUUGAGAUUUAUCCUGAAUGUUAAUUAUUAGAACAUUUAAUCCAUGAGAGAUUUUUGUCAUUUUACAGGGGCUAUUUUGUGUGGAUUUGGAGUUUUUUGUGCAGUAGUGGCAUCAUUUCUGGAUGUUACUGGAUUGAAGCAACUGAAUAGGGUAUUCUCAUAAAUUAUGAUUCGUAGAUCAUUACUUUCUUUAGUCUCACUUUCAUAAGCAGCGAGACUCGUAAUCUGCAAUAAGUUUUUUGUUGUAUUUAGGAUGCAAAAGGGGGGUCGCUGUGCCAGGCGUUCCUAACGGAGACCGUGGAAACUGGGACUAAGAAUCGUUGCAUGAUCGAAGCUAUGCAUAUUUUGCGAAGAAAGCUUAGGAAAGAGUAACUUUAGAGCUUUCCUGAAACGUGUCGGUCCAUGAAUUCUAUCGCUUGGAAGCGUUGAUUACUUUGGAACAAGUGAACACUACUGAGUGGUCGUAAGAAAAUAAGAAUCUUAAUUAGCAAAACUGUGAUGGUUGAGUGUUGUAAACUUUCAUUGUAUGCAAAUUGAUCUUGUGAUGAGCAUGCAGUUUAUUUUCGGUGAUGAUAGAAAUGACGUGCCACGUAAAUCACUUUCUUGAUCUCUGGAAAUGAUGUAAUUUCUCUGGAAUCAAGGUCCUUGAAUUUUCGUGUAUUUAUACAUGCGUAUAGCCUACAACAACAGAGGUAUUUCUGGUCGUCGCUAAAACACGCGUACAAAAAAUCAAUUCAGAAAUAAAUAAAAAGUAUCGACGUCGAUAAAGUAGGAAGUAAAAAACCUUCAGAGAGUAAAUGCUGUUUUGUGUAGAAAUAAUCACCUGCUCAGUUCUCGAUCUAAUCUCCAAGCAAGGGAGACUGAAUGCCGCUGUAAGAACGUGCUUGUUGUACAAAUUUUUGAUCUUGAGAAACAUUAUUGCAUGCAAUUUGCUUAAGGUCCCAAAAAAAUUAAGUGAUUCCCAGCAAGAGAAAACAGUUUUACUCACUGUAGAAAUUAUCACUUAUCAUUUAGACUAAAUUGGUGCCACACAAGAGCCCGAAAAUUAUACUUAUCUACUUUAUCUUGCUUUUUCUUGUAGACAACAGAGAUGAAAAUUGAUUCCAAAAAGGUGGUAAGUAACUUAGUAUAGACAUUAAAAAAGGCAGGUACAAAAGUCGGACCGGAUCAACUCGGACCGCCAGUCCGGGUCGGAUCAACUCGGAUCGACUCGGACCAACUCGGAUCAAAUAAAAAAAUAAAAAUAAAAUAAAAUUUGACUCGGAUCAACUGGGAGCAAUCAAAAAAAAUUAAAUUAAAUCAGCAAAACUGAAAGUUUAACCUAUUUGGAGGGUAAAAAAGGCCAGAUCAUCCUUUUUUUCUCCGUGGCUUUCAGGCGCCAUUUGUUUUACUGGUGCCAGUUCCUCUCGGAUCAUGUUAUAAACUCAUGGUUGUGGUUCGACAGUAAAGAAAUGAUAGUUUCAGUCGCCUGGAACGUAUAUAUUUGCUUAUUUAUUAGACUACUGAAUUAUUUAUGAGAAAAGCAUCAAAAGUCUGGUCUGUUGAUCGCAUUUAAAUAGUUACCGAAGAGUGUUUGUUUGUUUGUUCCUGUUUGUUUUUUUUUUCUGCAGGACUUCUGAAACUUAAUUUUAAUGAUACACUAGUGAGCAGCACACAUACAUUUCCAGUGAACAUUUUCAACUUGGAAGGAGGAGAAACCAUGCUCGCCCUGGACAAAGGAAAUUUCCAUGCGCCAGGCAAGAAUCGAACUCGCGACCCUCCGGUUCAGCGGUUGGAACGUCCGAUAAACAUAUAGUAUUCGGAGGGUCGUGAGUUCAAUUCUCGCCUGGGGUACGGAAAUUUUCGUUGUCCCGGGCGAGCAUGAUUUCUCCUCCUUCCAAGUUAAAAAUGUUCACUGGAAGUGUAUGUGUGCUGCUCACUAGUGUAUCAUUAAAAUUAAUAAAAAUAAAAAUAAAAUUAAUUUACGCAACCACGAGUUCGUGAGAAAAAAAAAAUGGCAGGUGAAAGUUAAGUGAUACCGACUGAUAUUAUUUUUCUUUUUAUAAUCCGAGUUGUUUUUUUUUAUGAUCCGAGUUGAUCCGAGUCCAAUUUUAUUUUAUUUUUAUUUUUUUUAUCGAUCCGAGUUGGUCCCAGUCGAUCCGAGUUGAUCCGACCUGGACUGGAGGUCCGAGUUGAUCCGGUCCGACUUUUGUACCUGCCUCAUUAAAAAUAUAUUAUAUUAUUUUAUUUUAUUUUAUUAGAUAUUUUCAAUUGUUAUUAAUUUUCAGAGAAUUGCAGACAUCAAGCACUUUUCCUCUACGUAUUGGCUUCUGGCUUUUUGCCUUAUGUUCUUUUAUAUUGGAGUCUUUCCAUUUAUUGCAGAUGCAAGGUACAAACAUGUUUCAUUCUUUUAAUUAAAUUGUCUUUAAAAUGGGUCUUUAUUAUUAUCAUUAUCAUUAUAAAUAAAGACAUCAUCAUCAUCAUUUUUAUUUUUAUUAUUUAUUUUUUUAAGUUGCCUUAAGCAAUAUAAUGCUUUGUUUUCUUGUAACAUUAACUUUUUCUCUUUUUGCAGCAAAUUCAUAUAUGUGAAUUACAGGGACACUUUUGACUUCACCAAGAAGGAAUCUGCAUACAUUGCUGGCUCUGUGUAUUUGAUGUCCAUGCUUUUUGGUCCUUUGAUGGGUCUGUUUGUGGUAAGACGUGUGUAAAGUGUCAAACAAAGAAAAACAUUCUUCCUUGGUGUACAGAGUGUGGGACCAGGCUCCGCAGUGGGGAAAGGGUGCACGGCAAAAAAAAAUUUGGCAAGCAAAGUGAGCUGAGUGGUGGACUGGGAAGGGCGAAAGAGGGGCAAAGCCUGGAGACAUGCCUUUGAUGCCGCUGUUCCAUGAUACCAUAUUCUGGUAUCAUGCUCUGAUUGGCCAAAUGUCUCAUUGUUUGCCGGAUUUGUCAUACUGUCGACAGAUGAAAUCACACACUCUUUCAAUUUGGGAAAGCUUUGUGUUUUGAGACAGUAAACAUGGAUUAUGAGCAUAUUAAAUUAGGCAAUAACAAUUUCUUCGCGAGUUUUUUCGCAUACCCCUUGGCCCCAAGAAAAGAAAAAUGUACCUGUGGUCUGUUGAAAGAACAAAAAGAAGCAUUUAAAAUAUCGAGCUUUUUUUGCUCCCCUGUUAUAAACCAGGGUCACAUUUACAAAGUGAUUGAGUUACAAACCAACAUUCAAGAGGCUCAGCUCUGCAAUCAUGUUCCUACCAAAUGUGUCAUAAACAGCAAAAACCAGUGGAUAUAUUUAAAGUGGGCAUGUUGCAGACAGCUAAACCUUGUGUUCUGUGAUUGUGUAAACCAGAACUGUACGGAGAUAACAGCGAUUGUGGAUGAGUAUUAAUUAUUUAAAACAGUGUAAAAUCCCUGAAAGAGUUCUCCUUGUUGUAGCAAUGUGUAGAUUUUCAAUUGUUUUCUGCCAGUGAUGAUACAUGGCCUGUCAGUCCUUGCAGUUUUUAGGUAGGCUAAAAUACUUUUCACAAGGUCGGUCGAUCACUUGUUUGCUGCAAAAUUGAGAGACCUUCUUUAGGAUCUAUUUGGCUGUUCUUCGCCGGUCAAACAUCAUGUGCAGUUACCUCUGAAACGUCUUUAUUUCACUCCACAGGAGCUGGUGUUACUCCAGUUGACGAUUGAAGUAAAGUAGAUCUCGUUGCACUCUAUUUCAUCCCGGCGCAUUACAAUAUUUUUUCAAAAGCGACAUAUAUAGGCUCGUGCUGCAUUUCACAGCUAUAAAAGUGAAGAAACAUCUGUUGAGAACUUAAUGUGUUGAAAUAUCAUUGACAGUUUUGGUGGAGGGCAUAUCAGCAGCGUCAAAGGCAUGUCUCCAGGCUCCACCACCCUUUCCCUUUCCCAUGCUCUCGCUUGGUAUACUUUGCUCGCUGAUUUUUCUUUUUCGCUUUUUUCCCCACUGUGGAGCUAUUUUGUAGUUAAUGUGUGUCCAAUUUUCAUGCAUUUGAUUACCUUUUGCUCAUAAGAUUAUGGUUUGUUGGUACUGUAAGCCCUGGAAUUACAAACCUCUAUCUAAACUUGAAUUGAAAAAGAAACCAAUAUUUUAUUUGUUGCUGACAAAGUACUGCUUUAGUUCUGUUGACAGUGAAAUAUUAUGUUGCCAUACUCACAUAGGCAUGAUAAGACAGAAUCCAUUAGAAAAUUGAGUAACCAAUUUUCAGGGGACAAUUUUCGAUGGAUUCCGUCUUAAACUACUUACAGCUUCUAUUAAGGGUCGCUCUCAGGAAAGGGCCAAGUCAAACCCACUUAGAAGAGAUUCUGCUUAAUACAGUGAUUUUCUGACAAUUUGUAUACAGGGAUUCUUAUUUAACUGGCCACUAAGUAGAGGGUGGCUGCUUAAUAGAGGUUUGAUGGUGUCUUUCAUUUUUUACAGGAUUAUUUUGGACGUAGAGGAAUCCUUAUACUUCUCUGUGCAUUGCUUACAAUCCCUGUUUAUGGGUUACUGGCUUUUGCACCUCAUGUUCAUCCCCUUAUCUGCACCAUUUGGCUUGGGUUUGCCUAUUCCAUGGCUGCAGUAAGUUCAUUAAAAUUUUGUUGGUCGAUAUUCUAAUACUAAACUUUAUUUCCACCAACAAAAUAGAAAGACUGUAAGCACUGUUCAAAACCACAGGGAUACCAUGUAAUUCUAGCAGCAGUUUUUCAGAGGGGAUAGCUCUACUCACUGGAUAAAUUUCUAUCCACUGGAUAACACAAAUUAUUGGUUUUCCUUAUACUAUACCUGUACUGGAAAGUGACUUAUCUGGUGGAUAGCAAUUGUAGUAAGAUACAGUAAGCUCCAUCCCUGAUCAACAUACCAGAGCCCAAAUUUAAUGGUAUUUAUUUCUAUAUUUAUUUUAAAAUUUAUUUAUUUACAGACAGUGAGCAUCUUGUUUAUUUUUUUGCAUGAAUACUCCAAAGAGUAUUUUAUUAAUUAAAUUAAUUAAGUUAUUUUGAAAAGUUGAUGAAAGUACAAAAUAUCGAUAUAAUAUAUUCUAGUGAUUUUCCCCGUAGGGAUUUUCAGAAUUAAAUGUACAGUUAUUGUGUUAUGACCUGUUACAAUGGAGACCAGGAAAGCAACAUACUUUCUGUAACCACCAUCAGCAUAUGGUUAUUGAAUGCCGCUUAUUAGUCUUUAUUAUAAUUGCUAACAUACUAUUUCAUUAAAUAGCAAGAGUAAUUUUCUUGCUUUCCUGUAGGCAUCUCUUUGGCCAUCUUUUCCUCUCAUCGUGGACCAGGCAACUGUUGGUGAGUUUUUUAAAAAAAACUGAUAUAAUAUUGUUCUAGAAGCAAUUAGCAAUGCUAACAGCUACCUUUAAAUUUCUCUCUUUUUAAAAGGAACUGCACUGGGCCUCACAACAUCCAUACAGAUGAUAGGCAUGGGAAUAGCAAAUGUCAUUGUAGGAAAAAUGCUUGAUCUCAUAAAGUAAGUAAGGCCUUAAUGGUCCUCUCUUUCAUUGGUAAAGAGCAUCUGUUCAUUGUUCAUCUUUAUAAUUGCAGGAAGUUUCCUAUGUCAUAGUAAAUGAUUUAGCUACAGGAAAAUCCCUUUACAAUACUGUAGAUGGAGUUAGCAGUGCCAGCACAUUAAUAGCCUGCAGACAAGCUCACCAUUUGGGGGAUAUCGUGAAAAGUACACUCCCAAGAGGCACACGAGAGGAGACGUUCUCACGCGGCUCACUUUGCUCGUCCAAUAGGAGAGCUUGCUUGCAGGCAGAGGCUAGCACACUAAUUUUUAGCAGUUUAUUUAAAAUCUCUGGCCGUUAUCUUUGCUGUAUCCAAGUCAACACUGUCUGCUACCUGUACCUAUUUCACAGUUUUUAAAUUGCCAUGCAGUUGUUGAUACAAAGAUUUCUUAUGGGUUUGAGGAUGGGGGUUUGUGGAAAAAUCUGGAAUGUUCAUUUCCUCACCCCUAACUAUUUAUUAUUUAUAUCCUAUGUGUGUCCCCACAUACAAUUAACAGUCAAGAGCCUGUUACCACUGCCUCUUAACUUAUAAUUAGUUUUUUUACAUUGUUUUGACAUGUUUUUCAAAUUUUCGACAACUAUAUUGAUUUCCUUAAAAUACAGAACCAAACCCAAGUCUCAGGGUUUUCAAUAAGAAUUCUAGUAGCAGGAGAAAGGUGUAACAUUACAGAAGAAUAUUUUGAAAGAGGCUCCACAUCCGAAUAUAAAAUAGUCAUAGGCUACCGAAUGUUUGACAGAGAAUUAUUCAUAGUAAACAGAGAAUUCCCUGAUCUCCAAUGGCUAAUGAACACCCUGAAAUCCAGGCUGAUUUUGAGGUAGAUUUUAUUUUCAAACCAUCUUCACUUUAUAUUUAAUAUGGUGUGGUACUCAUUCAAGUUGUAAAAACAUUUAAUAACAAUAAAAAUAUUUAUUAAUAGUAAUAAUCAUUAUUAUUAUUAAAAUGUCAAAAUUUCAGGGCAACAUUGACAUGUAUUUUUCAAAAAAUAAAUAACCACAAAAUUGUCAUGAAUAUGGAGCAAUCACAUAAUUAUUGCAUGAAUGCAAAUACCCAUCUCCAACUUUUCACUGUUUUUUACUAUAUUUUUUAUAGCUCUGAAGACAAAUGGAAAUAUGUGAUGAUCUUUCUCCUAGCUAACACUCUUGCAUGUGUUACCUUGGCAAUUUUGCUCAACAUCAAUGACAAGAGAAGGGUAUGAAAUAUAAUCACACUUCAUUACAAAUCACUGAAGAUCUAAGUAGGGUGAAAGACCAUUUUUGUAACUACCCAAUGCUAGUUUUGCAAGAAAACCUCAACACACCCAUCACCAUGUAGACAAAAUUUUCUAAGUGUGGGGUUUAAAAUGAAUCAUAAAUGUCUACUUUGUAGAUGCGAGUUUUGAAUUUUGCUACCGCAGAUGGGUUCACAGAAUACUUCACAGCAGAAAAAAUUGAAACUUCAAACUCUCUUUUAGUGUGUUCUUCCCACACUUUUAUUUAUUAUGAAACAUUUCAGAAUUACAACUUAGUUCUUGUUCAGGUGUACUUUGAUAUUGUAAGUAAAAGUAACAGUUAUGUCUUUCCUAAAGUAGGCCUGGCUAGGUGUUUGAAUGGAUUGCUUAUGAAGAAACUGCAUUUUAACCAUAACAAUGUGACCAUUGCACAGAGGUUAUUUAAAGAGCAAUUUCAAUUUUGAGACAAUAAAUAAAUAAUUUGUUAAUACUGAAAAUUGAAGUUAGUGCUAAGAUUGUCAGGCAUAGAAAGAAUUAGUGACAUUCUUUUUUUAAUUUUUUUUUUUCCUACCCUCUUAGGGUGGCAUUUUAAAUCGUCCACCACAAAGAAGAGGAAACGCACUACUAAACAGCCCAGCCAACACCUAUGGAUCCAUAUCAACAGCAGGAUACACCAAUAAAGAUGCUCUUCUUUACGACUCAUCAACAUCCAUUAACUAA